AUAGAAGGCUUAUUUGGCUACAGCGUAGGAAAAAGUAAAGGAAGUAAGAAGUUUGAAAUAUCAUUUUUUUUAAGUUUGAAACUAGCCGUUGUUGCUGCGUGCUCACGAGGCUCCCUAGCCGUUGCGUUACUGCAUACAGGUGUAUAUAUAUAUAUAUAUGCGCUCAUCAGCUUGCUGCCUCUCACUCUCUCAUGCCAACAACUUCAUUUCCACAACAGCAAGCAAAUCCUUCUACAGGCUACUUGAUUGUCUAUAUAUCUUGCAUUCGGUUGCACAAAGUACCCAUGAAUCCAACGAACUAUCGUAGAUCACAAAGUGAGGAUGAGUUUGUCUUUUUUGUUCUUCCUACCUUACAAGUAGAAUCAUCACACUCAUCUGAGAAGAGGCCUAUGCAUACAUCAGAAAUGACAGGGGCUCGACGAGUUACAGAGAUAUUAACAGGACAUGAGAGUUUAUGCAAAAGACAUUUCCGAAUGGAGGUUGGAAUUUUUCAAGCCUUGGUCAAUAAAUUGCGUGAAAAAAAUCUCCUUGCUGAUACAAGAGCAAUUGCAGUGGAAGAGCAAGUUGCUAUUUUCUUAUAUGCAAUGGCAAAAAAUGCAAGUAAUGAAACCUUACAAGAAUUUUUUCAACAUAGUGGAGAAACAAUUAGUCGACACUUUGCAGCGGUUCUUGAUGCAAUCACACAGCUCACAUGUGUCUACAUAUGUCCACCUUCCUUGCAACCCCAUCCAAUCUUAAGCAGACCCCAAUUUUACCCCUUUUUCCAGGACUGUAUUGGUGCUAUAGAUGGUACACAUGUUCCAAUGACCAUUCCAUUACAACAACAAGAGCCAUACAGGAAUAGGAAGCAGACCAUCUCACAAAAUGUUAUGGUCGCUUGUGACUUUGAUCUGAAAUUUGUACAUGUGCAUGCUGGCUGGGAGGGAUCAGCAUCAGAUGCAAGGGUUCUACAAGAUGCACUUACCCAUGGAUUUCAUAUACCUCAUGGUAAAUUUUAUCUCGUAGAUGCUGGUUAUGCAAAUACACCACAAUUUCUUGCACCAUAUCGUGGCACUAGGUACCAUAUACAAGAACAGGGGAGAGCUCGUCAAAGGCCACGAGAUUACAAGGAACUAUUCAACCUUCGCCAUGCACAACUACGCAAUCAUAUUGAGAGAACUAUUGGUAUUCUGAAAAUGAGAUUUCCUAUUUUAAGAACUGCGUCUCGCUACCCAGUUCAAAAGCAAAUUGACAUAUCUGUUGCCUGUUGUGUUCUACAUAAUUUCAUACGUCUACAUAAUGGUGACAUGUCAUGGUCAAACAAUGAUAUCAUGGAGAUUGAUCCACGCCAAAUCGUUGAUGUGCCAAGUGGAGAUAACAAUUAUCAUAGUGACAUACAAGCAUUUAAUUACUCUAGAGAUGCUGGAAAUCAAAUGCGAGAUCAUAUAGCAGAACAGAUGUGGGCACAAUAUUCAGCGCGAAGAGCUUAACAUAAU